AUGGGUUACAUCUUGGUUCAGUAAUAAAAGCUAAUAAAGCACUGAACUUGUCACAAGCGCUGCCCAUUAUAUAUUAAGAGAAGUCUCGUCUCUAUGUAGAUUGCUAGUUGUUCAGAAGAUAAAAAUUCAUAAGGGCGCAUAAACCCAUUGAUUUUUUUGCUGCGUGAUCACAAUAAACUGAAUAAGAAAAGCUAACUGAAUUGAACUUGUCACUGUCAUUCAAAUGAAUAAGUGAUACUUAAUGUACAAGGAGUAAUGGACUGCGUUCUGACAGCGAAUGUGAAGUAAGGAUUAAAAGCGUUUCGUAAAUAAUGAAGUACAUUGCAUUAUUUCUCAUUUCUCACAAUCGAAAAAGAAAAUUACAGGGUAAAUUUGCAUAAAGAAAAAGGUUAAGAGCGACACGCUUGAUCUUCGAUUUAAAGGGCAACUUAAAAAUUGUGGUUUCAAAUUUUUGUAAGUCAGAAUUUUCGGUGCUUCGACAGCUAAUUCCAGUUCUCAAAGUUGGUCAAAUAACUAGCCUGCAUGCAAAUCUCUCCUAAUUCCGCUUUUACUUCGUAUACCGGACACAAACGACGUAAAACGAAAGACCUCUAUGUUUUCUCCGGUGCACGAAGUAAAUGCCCCUUUUUUCUUUGUUGCAGAAAUAGGAGGCGUAUGCACGCUGGUUGCUACCAAAUGAAAAGCCUGUGCCAUACUACUUUCGACGUCUGCUACCUUAUUGGUACUUAAUUUCGCGUUUUUGGCGCGACAGUAUUUCGCGGGGUUUUAUUUUCGAGAUUUUAACAAGUAAACAUGAAAAAUGGGCAUUAAAUUUCGCGAUUUAAGCGUUCCCAUCUCCUUCAGUCUUUUGGUAAAAAGUAUGAACCUUUAAGAAAAUUAGAUAAACUGGAACAAGCAAUGUGUGAAAUCUUUGCAAACUAACUUCAUUUCACAACAGACAAUAUAAAAUGGAGCUUACAAGUAAAACCAGAAAGCAAUUUGUGUUUGUCGAUACAUAUCGUUGUUAUUACAUGUCAAUUGUUAUUUGAAUUUCCUAUAUGCCUUUGGGUAUUAAAUUUCGCGAGGAUUUAUUUUCGAGGGUCAUUAAUUUCUCGAUUUUUCUGGAAUUUAGUAGAAUUAGAAUUAGAAUACCUAUAGCGAGACGACUUUUUCAUGAUGUUCCUGGUCUGUUCAGUCUCUUAAGUUUUAUUUUGGUCAACAAGGAAGUGGUAGCGUAGUGACAAUGGUAUUAAUUUUUCUGGCACUCUUUCCUCAGUAAUUUCAAUAUAUCACUUCUCUUAUAUUUUCUACUGUUUCUCAAGUGGCAAAGAUGUUAAAAACAUCCGAAUGCAAGCUUCAAGCAGUUUUCAGUUUUUCUCUCGGAGAGUAGUUGUUGAGCGAGGGAAACACCCAUAAAUGCUGAAAACUUCCACGUGCGAGUAGCAUAACGCGCGUGGAGAAGCUCGGUGUGAGUCCAUCUGCUUUUCCCACUCUCGCGGCGAUCUUUCCCUUUUCGCGUGUUAGUUUGACAAAAUAAAGGAACUCAGUUGGUAGUCUAGCCGAAAACUUUACACCGCGAUAAGUUUAGUAUUAUAAUCAAAGCCUCACUGAAACGACAGUUACCUUCAAACUGAGUGAUCGUUUAUAAUGAACAUUUUACGUCAAAUUCGACCAAAUAUUUACCUACAUUCACUUCACACACGUGAACAACUGUUAUCGAGCAGGCCUCAGUUGUUCAAAAGGAUAACGCUAUCCACUGGAUAAAUCUCUACCCACUGGAUAGCGCAAUUGGAUUCCCUACUACUUAUCCGCUGGAUAGUGAUUUAUAGGGAAGAUAGCGCUUUCAAACCUUUGAAAAACUGACACAAGCUGCCAAAGGUCGGUAACUUUACAUUUGUUAAGUGCUGUGACCUAGGAAUGUGUACACAGACAUCAGACGAGUUUACGAAUAAUUAGUAAAUUAGUCACGAAGCUCCAGCAAGAUAAUUUUCUCGUUUCACUAACAAUAACUUCAGAGCUGAUAUGAAUGGAAAUGAAAAAAAAUUUGGUUACCAAUAAUCCAGUACCAUCGAAUCCUCAAAGACACUUAAGUCAAAGUAUUCAUUGAAGACGCUUAACGGGUUCAACAUGCGCUCGUUGGUUUUCCUCGCACUUUCUGUUAUAAUAUCAUAUGCCGCGAAAGGCGCCAAACCGUCAAACUUACACAAUAACCAAACACCUCUUCCAACAGACUGCAAACAGCCCUCGUCGAUUGUGACUGGAGUCUGCGACAACGCCCUCAAGAAGAUGGAAACGAAGCUGGAAAAACUCAUCGCUAACAAGCUGGAAACAAAGCUGGAAAAACUGCUCCAACAGAACUUGGAAACAAAGCUGGAAAAGCUUACUGCGACGUGCGGGGACGCCCUCAAGAGAGUGGAGUCGAAGCUGAAGACAAUCAGUGUACAGUCUCACAAAACUUUAUUGUCAGGUACAGUGUCCUUCAAUAGUACCUUUUCAUUCCAUGUUUGUGAUAUGGAUAUUAAUUUUCUGAUUUCCGUUUUCAGAGAACUUUUCAUUAUGAUUCUCACUUCUGGAGCAACAAAAAUACAUACAACUUUGCCGGAGGAAGGACUGGGUUUGAUUCACAAGAGACCAAGUUGCCAACCUACUGGAACACAGACUUCUCCAAGAUCUGCCUGGGUAUGAAGAUCGGCCACCAAUUACGGUUCGUUACUAUCAACAAGUACGCCAGUUCGUUGUACUCUCUGGUCGCUGACGGCCAAUACCGCGCAACCUCACUCGGUCGUAACACCUGGAAGAAGCUGAUUGGUCCACAGGCCUCCUUAAAUACCAACUGUAACAAGGAAGGGUUCAACGCAAUCUGCGGCCAUACACCACACUCCAGAGCAAGAAUUGGUAUCACGAGUAGUUUGCCGAACAGUUGUGUCUAUUGUGAUUCCAGAAUCGGAUUUGGUACAGGAGGACAUCAUGACGACACAAACACGUGUGGAAAUGAGGCUACAUAUUCCCCAGACAACGGAGACUAG